AUGGCGACAUCGUCAAAUACAACUGCUGCUGUAGCAGAUGAAGGAAUGGAAGAACGCAUAAUCAAUGAAGAAUAUAAAAUUUGGAAGAAAAAUUGUCCGUUUCUUUAUGACAUGGUUAUGACUCACGCACUUGAAUGGCCUAGCCUUACAGUCCAAUGGUUACCUGAUGUUAAACGUGUGGAUGGAGAUGAUUAUACUACACAUCGUUUGAUUUUGGGGACUCAUACAUCUGAUGAACAGCAAAACCAUUUGGUAAUUGCCAAACUUCUUUUGCCUACAGAAGAUGCACAAUUUGAUGCUUCACGUUAUGACACUGACAGGGGUGAAUUUGGCGGUUUUGGUUCAAUUACAGGCAAAAUUGACGUCGAAAUAAAAAUGAAUCAUGAAGGAGAAGUUAAUCGGGCUCGUUAUAUGCCUCAAAAUCCAGUUUUGAUUGGGACUAAAUCUCCAAAUGCUGAAGUGUUUAUUUUUGAUUAUACAAAGCAUCCUUCAAAUCCACCACAAUCUGAAGUUAACAUUUGUAAACCUCAACUUCGUCUUCGUGGUCAUACAAAAGAGGGUUAUGGUUUAAGUUGGAAUAUCAACUUGCCCGGACAUUUAUUAAGUGCUUCGGAUGAUACAACAGUUUGUUUAUGGGAUAUUCAGGCAACUACUGCAAACGCAAACUUUUUGGAUGCAAAAUCGAUUUUUACUGCGCACAAUGCUGUUGUGGAGGAUGUUGCUUGGCAUGUUCUUCACGACGCUAUUUUUGGUUCAGUUGGAGAUGAUCAUAAAUUAAUGAUUUGGGAUACUCGUACUAAUAGCACGACAAGACCUCAACAUACUGUCAAUUGUUUGUCAUUUAAUCCAUAUUCUGAAUUUAUUUUGGCAACUGGUUCUGCUGAUAAGACUGUCGCUUUAUGGGAUUUGCGCAAUUUAAAAUUAAAACUUCAUUCAUUUGAAUCGCACAAAGACGAAAUUUUCCAAGUUCAAUGGUCUCCUCAUAACGAAACAAUUUUGGCAAGUUCAGGAACUGAUAGACGUUUACAUAUUUGGGAUUUGAGUAAAAUUGGAGAAGAACAAACACCUGAGGAUGCUGAGGAUGGACCACCAGAGCUUUUGUUUAUUCACGGUGGACAUACAGCCAAAAUUUCUGACUUUUCUUGGAAUCCAAACGAGCCUUGGGUUAUUUGUUCUGUUUCUGAAGACAAUAUUAUGCAGAUUUGGCAAAUGGCUGAUAAUAUUUACAAUGAAGAAGAAGCUGAUGCUGUUAUGGAACAAGCUGCUGCUAUGGCUGGAAGUACAACUUGA